AUGGUAUCCUGGGCCGCCUCCACCGAGGCCGAAGCCGACACCUACGAGCUGAUGCUCCGCCAGCGCGAGGCCGACAAUCGGCAGCACGAGAAACGAGAUGCCGAAGAGACGCCGCACUUCACCGACUCGCUGACCACCUCCAUCAACUGGGUCAACUCGCGAAUUUGCGGCCCUCAGAAACGGCGCUUCCUCGUCAAGUACACCGUGCAAAGAUGCGCCCAAUCCGGCCGCGAGCUGAACGUCUGGCGCGAAGAAGUGGUACUCACAUCCCCCGGGCAGGGCAGCGAGAACAUCACCAUCCUGCCGCCACAGAGCCGCAACACCCGCUUCGACGCGCUGGCGCCGUGGAGGGAGUACGCCGUCGAGGUGCAGCCCAUCACCAACAGGGGUGUCGGCGUGGCCGUAUCUUCGAUCAUCGCUCCCACCGACCUCUCUGCCGACACGUCAGAAGCUGUUGAGGAGCGAGCGCUAAACGAUCUCGAGUUCAUCGAGCUACCGCUAGAAUCGGCGGCCCCAACCUCCCUCAGAAUACUAUUGCCACUCCUUGCCGUGUUCUUGCUGCGA